UCUUUGUAGGCGCGGAGCCUCGGCACGCACGAUCCGGAACCGAUUCGUAAUCCGAAGGUUCUGUACGACAAGCUGUUCAUCAACAACGAGUGGGUUGACUCCGUGAGUGGCAAAACCUUCCCCACGGUGAACCCGGCCACGGGGGAGAUCCUGGCUCAUGUCAGCCUGGCAGAGGCGGCCGACGUGGACAAAGCCGUCAGUGCUGCUCAGGAUGCAUUCCGCCUGGGCUCCUCGUGGCGUUCUAUGGAUCCGUCACAGCGUGGCCUCAUCCUGCACCGUCUGGGAGACCUCAUGGAGAGCCACAAGGCUCUGCUGGCCUCCCUGGACACGCUGGACAGCGGCAAGACAUACUCCUCCGCUCUGGGUGACGUGGACUACGCUAUCCGCACAUACCGCUACUUUGCCGGCUGGGCUGACAAGCACCAUGGGCAGACGAUCCCCAUGGAUGGCGACUUGGUCACCUUCACCUGGCACGAGCCAGUGGGAGUCUGUGCUCAAAUCAUUCCCUGGAACUUCCCCAUCGUCAUGCAGGCAUGGAAGCUAGCCCCAGCGCUGGCUCUGGGCAACGUGUGCGUGCUAAAGCCCGCCGAGGAGACUCCGCUGUCGGCUCUGUGGGUGGCCUCUCUGCUGGUGCAGGCCGGCCUGCCGCCAGGGGCUCUUAGCGUGCUGCCCGGCAUGGGCGAGGGGGCAGGAGCAGCGCUCGCACGCCACCCGGGGGUGGACAAGGUGGCGUUCACCGGCUCCACGGAGGUGGGGCGCCUGAUCCAGGCGGCGGCGGCCGGGGCAGCAGACGGCCCCAUCAAGAGGCUCACCCUGGAGCUGGGCGGGAAGAGCCCAGUUGUGGUGAUGGACGACGCCGACCUAGACACCGCCGUCGCUGAGUGCCACGAGGCGGUCUUCUUUAACCAGGGGCAGGUGUGCAGUGCCGGUUCCCGCACCUACGUCCACGAGAAGGUCUAUGAUGAGUUUGUGGAGCGGUCCGUCGCCAUGGCGAACGCUCGCAGAUUGGGGGAUCCCUUCCACCCGGACACACAGCAGGGUCCACAGGUGAACGAGGCCCAGUUCUCCCGCGUCUCGUCCUUCGUGCGCUCGGCCCUAGCGGAGGGCGCCGCGCUGGCCUGCGGCGGCCCGGAGGGCCACCCGGCGGGGCCGCUCUACGCCCGCCCCACCGUCCUGACGGGCCUCCCCGACGGGGCCCGGGCCUGCCGCGACGAGGCCUUCGGCCCCGUGCAGAGCCUCUUCCGCUUCGGGCGCCUGGACGAGGCGCUGGCACGGGCCGACGCGUCCCCCCACGGCCUCGCCGCCGGCGUCUUCACCGCGGGCCUGGGCGCGGCGCUGAGGGCAGCCGGCGCUCUGCGCGCCGGCACCGUCUGGGUGAACUGCUACAACGCCGACGCGCCGCAGACGCCGUUCGGCGGUUUCCGCGCCUCGGGCGUCGGCAGGGAGCUCGGCGAGCUGGGGCUGGCGGCCUACGCCGAGGCGAAGACCGUCACCGUGAGGUUGCCGGUGGCGGCGGCGCUGCCGCCGGUGGUGCCGCCGGUGGUGCCGGUGGUGCCGGUGGUGCCGGUGCCGGCGGCGGCGAAGGGCGGCUCGUUCGAGUGAGGGGGCGCGGUGGAGGUGGGGGGGCGGUGGUU